AUGAUGAAGAGACGCAAAUCUAAAGAAAUGGAAGAAGUUGAUGAAAACGAAAUGCCAAAUAAAUGUAAAUACAGGGUGGAACAAUAUUUUGAUCAGACACCCAGUAAAUACAGAGUGGGUCCAAAUACAGAAGAGACAUCCAGUAAAUACAAUAUGAGCCAACAAACAGAAGAGGCACACAGUAAAUACAGGGUGGGGCAGAUUUUGCCAACUCCCCUAUUUGGAAGGUCAUCCAAAACAGUAAAGAGACAUGAGUGUAAUAAGUUGGACACUGAAAGCCUGGACCCGCACAUUGCAGAAUCUGAGGCAUGCCAAGUGAUGAUAUCAAGGCCAACAAACACUACCAUUCUAAGGGGAGACACAUUUGACCUAAACCAGUUCCUCAAUGAACACAGACAAAAAGAGAACACCUGUCCAUCAUCACCAAGUAGACACCAUCAUGGUAUGCUCAGGCAAAUAGAAAACUCACUCUUUUGGAUCAUUCAAACUCAAGGUAUAAAUAUGAAAGUAGCUGUUGCCUUCCUCCUCUUGGCUGUUGUUGCCACUUUACAGACCAGUGAUGCCUGGAGAUUCCGUAUUCGAACACCAAGGCUUGGUCUCCGUCGCAUCAUCGCACCCAUCUGUAACAUGUAUUGUAAUACUAAAUGUACUGCACCUGGGAUCUGUGCUCCUGUCUGCCAUAAGGUGUGCAAUAUUGGCCGCAAACGUCGUUCCGUUGCCAAUGAUGAGGAGCCAUUUUCCCCUGAUUUCACCAAAUAUGACCUGAACAAAGAUGGUGCAUUAACCCUCGAAGAAUUUGCUGAAGCAAUCUCAUCCACUCCUGCUGAAUGUAAAGAUAUUAUCGAAAAAGCUGAUAAAGAUAACAAUGGUAAAGUGGAUAUAGAUGAAUUUAUAAAAGGACCAUUCCAGUUCUCACAAGAAGAGGUGCGAAGUCAGAAAGUGGUGCGACCUGAUACUAGAAGCCAGAGAUAUUCAGUAGAAGACCUACCCCACCCUAAUUCUCUCAAACAAAAGAAAGGAAGCAGGAGCAAGAAGCAACCAAAGAGAGGUCAGUGUGGUAUGGACCUUGCUGGGUACAUCUCAAGACUUAACCAGAAGCAGUCAAACUGGUAUGACACAGAUGGGCCAAGUACUCAGUCAAUUAACAGGCAUUGUUCGGUGUACGCUACAAACAGUUCAACAGACCAUGACCCUAGUGCAGUGUAUGACACAAACAUUUCAACAGACUACUACCCUCCCUCAGUGUAUGCCAUAAACAGUUCAACAGGCCAUCACAGUAGCAUGAAUGGUAAUGCAGAUCUGUCACAGUUAUUUAACAGUUAUCCACAGUCUUAUCAAUCCCACUCUGAACAUUGUGAAGAUGAUAUGAAAAUGUGGUAUCCAGGGACGACCACUGGUGUUGGAAAGCGAUCUUGGGUUCCAUCUGGAGAAAGAGAAUAUGGGGUGUACCCAAGGAACCUGGAGUAUCUCCAAAAAUACUCAGAAAAUCCUAGAUCCCAUACUUUACAAGAUGUAACCCCCAUAUUGCCCCAUGGAUUACAACAUGAGACCCCCACUCUGUAUGGCCAAACUGCUGGGUACACUCCCCUUAACUCGAGGCCUCUGUCAGGUGGUAAAAAACACUAUGCAAACUCAGCAUUCAGACCCAAGGAAUUAUUUCAAGGGCAGGUUGAACACAAUGGUGCUAUUAGUAAACAAACUGAUCUCAGUGAAGGGUUUCAAUAUACACCUCGAGAAAGGAAACGAAGCUUUCAUUCGGCAGGAGAUCACAGCAAAAGUAGCUUUAAUGUAACUUAUGAAGACACUCGGGAAAAUGCUGCAACUACAGAGGGACCAACUCAAACAUUUGAUCUCAGGAUUCAGCCCUUCAGGAUGAAUUAUCUUACAAAUGGUGCAUCAAGCUCCCUCUAUCCUUACCCAAGAGAAGCAGAUGAUGCCCCAAGUAGGAUCACAACACAGCAGAUGUCUCCUAGUUAUCCAUAGAAUGGAAGUGACCAGACCAAGAUCUUACUGAGCACUGUAAGAGGCAAUGGCAAAUUGAACCAGGGUGCCAGAUUGAGGAAUGGUUGGCAUUAUGAUAUAAUAUAAUAUUAUUAGAGAUUGAGUGUAUAUUGAUGCCACAAAGUUAGCAUUGAUUGACUGAAAUACAGAGUCAUAAAUGAUCUAGUAACAUUGACUGAAAUGUGGAGUUAUUCAAAAAGCAGGGAUUGACUGAAAAACAGCAACAUCAAAUGUCAGCGAUGGUCGACUGAAAUAUGGAGUCAUUAAAUGUAAAAAGAAAUAAGCGAUCAUCGACAUAAAAUAUUGGUAUUACUGUUACAAGCUGUGACACUAUUGGUGUAUCUGUAAUAUUCAUGAUAACAGAUAUUGUUCCAGUAUUUACAAAAUCAUAACACUGAUAAACAAAUAAUUGAGGUUUUCACUUAAUAUAUAUGAGGUUGAGAAGUUUUAGGUUGUAAUAAAUUUGCUAAGAAUAGGCCUAGUCGGGUAAAACAUCUUUAUGAUGUGUUUGUUCCAUGGAGAAUAUGUUUGUGGUUGCCAAAAAUGUUUAAUUUUGUUAUCACAAGAAGGAUGUUGCAUCAUUGUAGCAGGUAAAUGGAAUCGUAUCUAAUCUGUAUACCAGGACCAGCAUUUGAAAGUCAUAGCAGUAAAUACACAGUAAAACCUGUAAAGUGG